AUGAACAACAACGAGCAGAAGCAUCAUGCUGAUUACGUAUCAUUUUCUACCAAUGCAGAUAAAAAGGAUACAUUCGAUAUGAUGAUAAUGUCUUAUCAAGCUCUAAGUGCUGAUCAAGAUAAUUGGGUUUGUAAUCUAUCUAAUGCUUCAUCUCUAAUAUGGCAUGCUUAUAAAUCUUUAAACAUUAACGUGAACUGGACUGGUUUUUAUCUAGCAAAUACCCCAUGUACACUUCUUUUAGGGCCAUUCCAAGGGAAGGUAGCUUGCCAGGAGAUUCAAUUUGGUAAGGGUGUUUGUGGCACCGCAGCAUCAGCUCAACAGACUCAAGUAGUUAGUGAUGUAAAUAAAUUUCCAGGCCAUAUUGCUUGUGAUGGCGAAACAAAGAGUGAGAUUGUUGUUCCAAUAGUCUCUGCUGAGGGCAAAACCCUUGGCGUUAUUGAUUUAGAUUGUUUAGAUUUUGAUGCAUUUAAUGAAAUUGAUAAAGAAUACUUGGAAAAAUUGGCCUCUGAGAUAGUCAAGAGUUGUAGGUUCUGA